AUGGACAUACUCUUAAACCAAGUUCCACAACUGCCACAUCUUAUUCUCAUUUGUACUCUUCCGGUUCCGGAUGUGAAGCGGGACACAGUGUGGCUUAUCGUGCUAAUUGUACUCUGUGGCGUCCUAAUCAUCAGCAUUGUCGUUGUCUGCUGCCUCCACUACCACUGCAAACUCGCGGAGAAGAGAAAAGCCCGAGAGAAGAAGAUUCUUAUAACAGACGAUCAUCCCCUGGGCGAGAUGUCCAUCUCACUUGACGCACCCCCGGGCAUGGACAGGGCUGUCGAACACCCUUACCUGGAGAUAGGGCGUGACACUUAUCAGCCGCCUCUGAGAAAAAAGAAAAACAGAGACGUCCUGAACCCGAUUGCCGAGAGCUCCAUGAUCCUUGACUUCAAGCAUCGCUCCUGGCCCUCCCGCGGAAUAGAUACAUUGGAGAACACGGAUCCUUUCACGGAAAUGGACAACGGGAUGCUGGACAAUGGAGCGGUGGUGCCGAUAAGCCCGGCUGGCAGUAAAGCCGUGAGCCGAAAAUCUCAGAGACAGAAGUCCUUCACCUUCGGCGAAAUCACACCCUACGGUGAGAUCAAGUCGCCAAUACGCCCGUACAUGAACGGUGACGUCAAGAAACCGUACCCCGCGAUCAUGGAUAGGGCCAUGUCUCCGGAGACGGCGAUGGAAGUUCGGACGCUAAAAAGUGAAAAGAGCUUCCAUAGCGUUCGAGCUAAGAGUGAACACGGGAAGAGCGUCCGCGCUCCUAGCGUUAGAGCUCCGAGCGUUAGAGCCCCGAGCGUUAGAGCCCCGAGCGUUAAAGCAUUGAGUGUUAGAGCUCCAAGCGAGAAAGGCCCAGGCGAUAAGGGCCCGAGUUUCGCAUCGGUGAAACGAUCGAAGACGCCUGGCUCGCAUGUGAGGAGAGUCAAGACUCCGGGGGUACGAAGCAGCAAGGUUGGGACCGCGGUUCCGAGGCUGCAAAGGGCCGCCACUAGCACGAAGAUUGGGAGCAUCACCACGAGACGUGGAGCGGCCCCGCCAUCUCCCCGGAAGAAGAUGACGAGGAGCAAUACCAUGACGGUUGACACGCGGACUUAUGACUCAAACAACGAAGGUAUGGCAAACUUUCUGGAGGGAGAAACCAACUGGGGCGCCACCUCGGACGCCGGAAAAUCACAACGAUCCGCAAGGACAAAUAGGACCAGCAACACCGCCAAGUCCAACGCCACUUCCCGCGCCUCUCCAAGAAAAUCUAUACAACCGAAGAUGACAGGCAUCCCUAAUUACUUCAAGGCUAUUUCUGUAUCUUAACAAACUGUGUUAGUUUUACUCGUACCCCGUCUAAGAGAAUAUUGUUUUUACUCCCAUUUAAUUCUUUUUAAAUAGACAUUGACUUACAAAAUAUAUUUUAAUAUGUGCCUUAAUUACAUAAGGGCUACUUAUUUAUCUUAACAAAUCAUGUUGGGUGUGUUAUAUCCUUUUUGGAGCAAAUUGUUUCUACUACCGUUGUGCAUUGUACUGUUUGCGUUUUUUUUGGAUAGAUCUUGACUUGUUUAAUUAAAAUUAUAUGAGGAUAUGUGUUUAGUUCUUAUGAUUCAAUAUAUGGUUGCACU